UGCAUCCCUAGGCCUUUGUCGAACGCUCACAGAAUCACGCUGAAUCUUGAUUUUUCAAAAUAAAUGGAGAAGAUAUUGCUUUCGUUCUAAAUUUAUUGCAACAGAUAAAGAGACAAAACUUCAGGAAAAAAGUGUAAAAUUUGGUGAAGAGUGGACAAACAAUUCAAACUGUUGUCAUAUGAUUGAUCCCUUUGCAGGAUUUUUUACAAGCGUAUCAACGAAUUUUUAGGACUUCAAAUGGAUCCAAGGCUAUGAAUGCUGAUGUUUGUUUAUGAACUAACAAAAUGGAAAGAAGAUACAAUUACUUAUGGAUAGUGAUUAUUUCAGCCCUUGCAGCCAUCGUGUUAUGCAAAGACAAAACGUCGAACACCACUAUAGAGGCAACAGAAGGAAAUUCUGUGUCAUCACUUGACCAAGCGAAAAUCAUCACAAAGAAAGACUUAAAGGCUGACUUAUCGAAGAAAAAGAGUUACCUUCGGCGCUUCGCACAGUCGUGGAAAUACUACGCUAAAGCUAAUGAUAUUGCAAAACGUGAAAAGUUACGAAAAGCACUACUCGACGCUCUUAAGUCGAUGAACACAAAGAGAAAAAGUACUGUGACGUCACUAACUCACGAUACAGUUGAGAGGAUUCAGCAUGCAGCCAGUAUGUUGAAGGAGUUCAAAAGAAUGUACAGUCUCUCUAAUGACGUAAUGAGUACGUGGAAAGAUUACGAAAGUGCCCGCAAAAACCUACUGGAUAUCGGUAAAACACAAGCGGGCAGUGAUAUUUUGAAGAAAUACGUGAUUCUACGUGAUGAGGUGUCAAACAAGAUUGCAAAACGAAACCAGAUUGCAAAGCCAACCAUUGUAGAUGACCAAGAUAUACAAGAAAGCAUUGAAAAAGACAAAAUAGCUAGGCAUGGAGUAGCCUUGAAAUCUGGUAACCUUAUUUUUCAGAGGGCAAUGACGCCAGGCACAUUGCAGAUACUGCGACCAAAUACAAAUAGGGACACAGAAGCAGAAAAGAGAAUGGAAUUACUAUCAGAUGCAAAAGAAGCAGCCAGACAGGCGUAUUCGAAAGCAAAAGAAGCAAUAGCAGCAUUGAAAGAGAAAUUAAAAGGUGCGUCAGCAUCAACAAAAUCAGCUGAAACAAAUGACAAAGGAACAAACAAGAAAUCCAUUCUAGCGGAAGGAGAAAACAAGGUGCGGGGGGAGUCACUUGGACAUGUGAACUCUGCAAUGGCAAUAUCAAGCAUGAUUAAGAAGGCUGAGAAAGAAGAUCUUGCGAACAUUGGUGGCUUAACAAAUUUGUUUCAGUCUAAAACAAACCAACAAACAGGGGCAACACUAGGUAAAAGCAACGAGAAGCAAGUAGUCACCAACAGUAACGAAAAGCAAGCUGUUACUAAUAGCAACGAGAAGCAAGUAGUCACCAAUAGUAACGAAAAUCAAGCUGUUACUAAUAGCAACGAGAAGCAAGUAGUCAUCAAUAGCAACCAAUAUAUUCAGAACAAAACGUCAGAACAAAGUAGUCACAAAAAAGAAAUGGCUCAAAAUGCACCCAAGGCAACGCCAACAACAUCGAUAUCCUCUUUGAUGGACUCGUUGGCAGAAGCAGAUGAAAGCCAGCAAACAAAGGCACAAUCAAAACAUGAAAAUAACACAGCUGAAAGUCCAACUAAGAUCAACCCAUUGUUUUUGGGAGCAACCAAAGAAGCUUCAAAUGAUACAAAGACACAAAAUCAAGCUCAAGUCAAUGAAAAGGCAGCACCUAAGGUUGUCACUAGCCAAAUUAAAGCCAACGAAACGAAGAAUGAUACUUCUAUAACACCAGUAAAUACAUCAGGUGACCAAACGGCAGCAAUAAUGCUAAUGAAAAGUAUAGCAACCGAGCACAGAGAGAUGAGAAUCAACGGUGUUCAACAACCAGAGCAGCAAAAUAUCUCACGAGUUGAUGCGAGCAAAAACAACGCCAGUUCUUCCCCAAACAAUUCGUCUGCAGCACCCAGCACUGUCCAAGGGACAAAGAGAUUCCAUCUCAGUGAAGUUACAAUACGUGAAGAAGUUGCAAAAACAAUAGAUCGUCAAUUGGAAACAUUAAAGAGACUUCAAGAUGCCAAAAAGGCAAGAAGAAGGUACGAGACUGCGAAAAAGGAGCUUCAGUCCAAAAUCAAGAAGCUAUACGACAUGGCAGUAUCCUUUGAAAAGCCAAUAAAAGACGCCCAAGAAAUGAGGACAAACAUCGAUCAGACGCCGGAUAAAGACCAGCAUCCUGGAGCAGCAUUAGCAGGUAUUAGUGACAAGAGGGUGAUGAAAGUCAGUACACCAAGUGAUGAUAGCGAGCAUCAUGGCUUCACAUUAGGCGUUAUGGACAGCAAAAGCAAAGCACAUAUCGUCGAUAUAGAAAGCAAGUCUCCAGAAACACUGGUGGAAAAAGUAUAUCAAGUAGGGUUACAAGGUAGUGAUACUACGGAGGCAGCUAGGAAAAGUGGAGUCAAGGAUGAGGCGUUGAAGUCUUUAACAGAUGCUAUCAAAAAUGACCUGAAAAAAAUCGAAGAGAACCAAAAACGGCAACGACAAGAGGAGCGCCAGAGCACGGAUUUGAAAAACGUGAUUGGGCCGUUAAUCUCAAAGUUUGUGGAUGUCAAAGAUAGUCAUAAGGAAAAACCAACGGAGAAAGCAGUGACAAAGCCAGAAAUAGCUAUGCAAGCUUUGGGUGAGAAAAAGGAUGAUGCGCCUCCGAAGGAAAAGGAAGAUAUAUCAACAAAAGCAGAAGAUGCAUUCAAGGAAGUUGAAGAUUACUUAUCCAAAGCACUGAAACACGUAGCAAAGGAAGCUAUUACUGAAGAAGGCGAUUCAGGACAACCCCCUGAAUUCAAGGAAUCGAGCGCUGUUGUUAACGAAGAAGAUAGUGCGAAGAUCAAGUCACAAACUACCAAGGCAAACGACGGGGGAGUAAAUGAAGAUAAAAAGAAAGAGGAACCAAAACAAGAAGCUGAUAAAAAGGAAGAGAAAGAUGUACAGAAAAACGAGAAAGAUGACGAUAGUAAAAAGGAAGAGAAAACUGAAAAGCCAGAGGUUAGUGCCGCCGAGAAACCAAAAGAGGAGGGUAAAGAAAAAACUAAAGAAAUGGAUAGAAAUGAGCGACUUAGAAAGAUUGUUGAAGAUGCAAUGAAAGCACACGCCAAGGAUCCUUCCAAUCCACAUCCAGUUGAUGCUGAGUUGUUUAAACCAACAGCAAAGCUAAAGAAAGAUGAGACAACUGCCAAAGUGACAGAAAAAAGCAAAAGUCAAGAGAAAAAAGUAGUUGACCAGAAGAGUGUCUCAGCACAACCAUCAGCGCCAACGACAUCAACAUCAUCUUCAUCGUCGCCAAGCAGUGGCGUGAUAAACAGAAGCAAUGAUGAUGCCAUUGCUAAAGCAGAACAUCUUGAAGAACAGGCAGCAAGCUUGCAAGACACGUUAUACAGCCAAGGUAAAGCGAACGAUGCAUACAAAUCUAUUGAUAACGUAGAACAGAAACCACUGUUUUCACAGGAGCAGCAAGAGCAGCAAAUGCAGCGAAUGCAGCAGUAUGCCAGUCCCGGUGAGCAGCCAAUGUACCAAGAACCAGAGCAGCACCAUUCACACAGAAGACACCAGAAGAAUUACGAAGAAGAAGAAGAUGACAGGGGGCGCGACGACGAUGAUUAUGAUGAUGACGAUGAUUAUGAUGAUGACGAGGAAGAUCCACGGGAAAGAGAGUAUGACGAUGAAGAGGAGGAAGAAGAUCGCAGAAAGAAGAAAUCGUUUCUUCAAAACAUGCCAUGGCCAUCCCCGUAUAGGAAUUACCAGCGAGAUCAGAUUAUGAGCAGAAAUGCCGCGAAAAAAGAACCGGAAGCACCAAUGAUGAACACGGGAAUGAUGAAUGAUGCAGAGAGAGACGAAUUAGAAGAUACUAAGAAAUCUGAGGUACCAAAAGCAAAAGGCAGCUUCAUCAGUAUGGCAUCAACAGGGAGAAGCAAAAUGUACAUUCUUUAGACACAGUGAAGCCUCAAUCCAUUACACACAAUCAAACGCACAUUUGCAUGGUACAAAUACGCCAUACAUGGUUAAAGUCACAGGGUCCAAAAUGAUACGCGUCAUCGACAUAAGACACAACUGCAGUUAAAAGUAAAUAAAAAGUUUCCAUUUCAGGACUCAACAUGUUUGAACUGAGAGCAGGCUGAAUAGCCAAAUGCGAGCACAAGGCAAAGAACAAUUGCCACAUAAUUAGAUAUGCCAGAGGCGUUUGGAUCGUAAAUGAACUAAGUUCUCCUUAAGUGUCAAGAUAAGCCCUUCCUCAAACUAAUUUGCUUUUUGCAUAUCGUACAUGUUAUAUAGUAUUUGCAAUAUUCCGCAUAAUUGAAGUAAACCAUAUUUACAAUAUAUAUAUACGCUCUGUCAUUUAUUUUCGUAUGAAUAAUGCCGUUUUGUAAAUAUUCAUUUUAAAACUUCUACUGUUGAAAGCUUAUGAAAUGAUGUAAAACUAAAAUGAAAAAAUAGAGAUUGACCAUAAUAUGUCCAUACAUAUUCUGUAAUAAAAAUGUAUAGCUAUAUUUUAAUAUUUCUUUAAUGCUGGAAAGAAAUUUUCCAGGCUUUAUACUUUGCUUUGAUUAAAACCAACAGAGAAUGGGAAGCAGAAUAUGUUAUUCUACAAUUUUGUAAGUAAAAAGUAUAUAUCUUGUGUACAUAUAUAUUUUCAAAAUGAGUUUUAUUAUUAUAUUUGA